AUGGACAUUGGUUCUAAUAAGUGCUCUGCUGAUACUUGGCAUUUUGACAGUGUAAACAACUCGUGUACGCCGUCCGAGUGUCUCAACUUGAAAGACCCUAACAACUGCUUCCUCUCUCAGGCCGUGUGUGAAAACGCAUGCUCAGGAGAAAAGGUUUCUUUGCAAAUAAGGUGUUCGUCCAACUGUGAUGAUGAGGCUAACCCACAGGAGGAGGUCAAGCUAUACCUGGAUUGUGUGGAGUGUAAUUCCACUGUUGUCACGGUCACAUGGCGGGUCUUCUCAUGCCCAGAUGGCCCCACCUCCUGUGAGGAUGACCCUGAGUUUGUGCACAUUGGUGGAAUGGUUUACACCUUAGACCCAUCGGAUGAGCACAUUGUCAACAGCACGCAAUUUAGGGUGACAGCAACAGGGAGACUGUUAACAGAUGAGGUAGGCAGUGCAGCCCAGCUGGUGAAGUACAGCCCCAUGCCUGUGGCGGGCACGUGUGCAGUCUCACCCAAUAUUGGCUACUCCCUCAUCACAGACUUUAACAUCACGUGCAAUGGCUUCUUAGCUGGAAACCAUUCCCUCACUUAUACCAUGACAGCUAUAAAAAAUGCCAAUAAUAAUAGAAUUUAUCAGGUGUACAGAGGCCCCUACAGUCAUGUGGAGGGGAUCAAACUUGCUAAUGGCCGUAAGAAAUUGGACUUCAUGCUUGAAGUAGAAGUCAAGGCAGCACUCAGCAACGGGGCAGCAGUCUCUUUCAGUACAUAUGUGCAGGUAUAUCGAUCUGGUGCCUCGCCGGUGCAGAUGAAAUCUGCUGAUGUUGUUAAGGGCCUGAUUGAUGUGACCAACACUGGACAGGACUCCGCUUUGGCCACCCUUGUCAACAAUGGGGACACAGAUGGUGCCGUGGAGUUGAUGGAUGACAUAAUGUCCACAGUGAAUGAAGAUACUGGACCAGAGACUGAAGACAGAGCAUUGAUUCGUACAGCGGUGGUGGAUACCCUAGCAGGAGUAAUGGGCAAUGAGACGAGUACAGAUGAGGUCAAUCAGAUAGCCGGUGUCCUGUCCAAGAUCACACAGGCUCCUGCAGAACUUACAGAAGAAACACAGGAUGUUGCUGCAGAAGUGGCACAAGAACUUGCACUCUCCUUUGAUACCCAGAGCAGCUCGGUGUCAUCCGCUGAAGUGGUUGAAACAGCAGGUUUAAUCCUGUCUAGUGUGAGCCAACUUCUGGAUGUGAAGACAGACACUGGUCAAGUUCAGAUGAAGAACACCACUAGCAGCACAGAACGUCUGCUGGGAGUGAUAGACAUCCUGAGCAAAACACUGAUAACAAAACAGGUCCUUGGCACGGCCAGCACUAACAUGUACACAGACAGCCUCACCCUUGGGGUGAGCAAGGUCGACAGUGCCGGGCUGGGCUCCGAAGAGUUGUCCAUUGGGCUGAAGACACAGAGUAUUACAGCAGGGGUCAAGCUGUCACCUGCUAUAGACUUAGGGCUACUUUCAGAGGCUGGGCUCCAGUUGGUGUACAUGGAGAAGAACCCGUAUGUGUGGGACGAUAGUGCCACAUCAGUGAAAGGCCCUGUGGUGUCCAUAGAGUUAAAGGAUGACACAAGCAGUCCAAUCCUUGUUAAAAAUCUUCUCCAGCCUAUCACUGUCAACAUACCCACUCAAAACGUUGAGAUUGAAAACAGCACUUUGGUUUUAAAUUUGGUGAAGGACGGAAACAAUGUGACAUUUGACUUUGACCAGGCAAAUAUCCUCACCUUCAACUUCACAAUUCAGCCAGGUCAAACAACGGUGCUUUCCAUUGACACAGUGACCAACAUUUCCAACCUACUGCUCUACAUCACUGACAAGGGCAAACCCACACUGGAUGACAUACAGUUGUUUGGCUUUAAGUACCCUGAGAUGGCUUAUGUGCACGCCCAGGACUUCUCCAGUUUUAAUUUAUCAGCAAACAUUGAUUGGAAUGAGUUACAGGACUCUAAGUUGAUCUUCUUCACCUACAACAGUUCCGCCUUAGAAAAUGCUACUGGGGAGUUUAAUGUGGGAGUAAGUGUUGACCUAAAUGACAAUUUGACGCUGGGGCAGCUGUCUGGUGUGGCUCCUGAAUGCUUGGGGCAAGGGGAGGGGGUGGCAUGUCAGGCCAGGGUAGAGCUCCACCUCCACAUAUACACACACAGUCUAACCUGCAAGUAUUGGAACAAACACGCACAGGCAUGGCUACAUGAUGGUUGUGAGGUUUCUCCCGGAAGCUCUCCCAGUAUGCUGCAGUGCCUGUGUAAUCACAUGACGGCAUUCUCCGGUGGGGUGUUUGUUCUACCCAACUUUGUAGAUCCAAUAGCAGACGCAGCUCUAUUUCUCACAUUCUUUGACAACCCUAUUGUUGUGACUACCGUCAUCAUUGUGUGGAUACUGUACUUCUUUGUCAUUCACUGGGCCAGACGGGCUGACAAACAAGACCAAGAACUGGCGGGUGUGUUACUAUGUGGGGAGGAGAACCAGCACUAUCUCUACCUUGUCUGCGUGGUCACAGGCUGGUGGACAUCGGCAGGAACAACUGCUAACGUUUUUUUCUCCAUCACAGGCAGUGAACAAAGCAGCCCAAAGCGAAGGUUAACUACCAGUGUGCGGCCAUGUUUCCAGACUGGUUAUGAGGACUGGUUCAUUUUCACCACCGAAAACAGUUUGGGGGAUCUGAAGGAGCUCUGCCUCUGGCAUGACAACACAGGCACAAGCCCACACUGGUACCUGAGUCAUGUGUACAUCAAAGACUUGCAGGCAGGCAGUUCAUGGACAUUCAUCUACAAAGAUUGGCUGGCAGUUGACCGGGGAUCGCUACUUCACACUUCCGCCACUGUCACUGCAACAUCACAGACAGAGCUACGGAAGAAACGCCAGCACAACUUCAUGGUAAAGACCUCCCAGGAUCUCAGAGAUGGUCACCUGUGGAUCAGUAUAUUCUCCAAACGAGCUCGCAGCACAUUCACUCGGGUCCAAAGACUGACCUGUGCCCUGUCUCUCCUGUUGACUACAAUGCUGACUAACAUCAUGUUCUAUGGAGUAUCAACAGAUGACCCCUCAGAUCAGGUGGGUGCAGCAGGAGGCUGGGUUAUCUCACUCUCAGCUAUUGUGAUUGGUAUAGAGAGCAGCCUGAUUAUGUUCCCUGUGAACCUACUGGUACUACAGCUGUUUCUAAAACUGAAGUCUCGCCCCACUGAGGCCGAAGUAAGGGCCACAUCUAGGAGAUACAAGGAGAGAGCAGGCUUCAUUGACAGGCUUAUGGAUGCGGGCCAGGAGAUGGCAGAACAAGUGACUGAAAAACUGUCCAGCAUGAUUCAUGGCUUUGCAACUCAGUCUGAAGAGCUUGAAUUUGAAGAUGCUAAAUCAUCCUUGGACAUACCAUGCGCACAUGUGCAGCCUGAUGUGGAGAGUGCUGGUCACCGAGGCAUACCAGACAUUCAAGUUGGGAGUGACUCUACUAUGGACAUCUUUGAGAGCACCAAUUCCUUUCUACCCACAAUACAGGAGGUGGAUGAGACCCAGGCCGACGCUGUCAUUAGUCCCUCCAUGUCUCCUGGAGACUUCGGACUGGCUGAUACAGAGAUGGCAGAAAAUACUGGAUCGAAGACCACUUUUCCAAAAAUCAGGGUAACCAGUGAAAGCAAGAACAAUGGAAAAUUUCUGCCAUGGUGGUUCCUAUAUGUGGCAUGGGUGCUGGUUUUGAUGGUCUCCCUAGUCUCCUCCUACUUUGUGAUGCUCUACGGCCUCAAGUAUGGCUACCAGCGCAGCCUUGAGUGGCUUGUCUCCUUCCUCACUGGCUUCACUCAGAGCGCCUUCCUCACACAACCUCUCAAGGUUUUUGCAAUUGCCAUGGUGUUAACAUUGCUGUUCAAGAAAACAGUUGAAUUUGAUGACUUUGGACCGGAGAUUUCUAUUGAUGAGGAUGAGAAGUAUGUGAAUGGUGUAUGUGAGCUGCCCGAGGUCAAUAUCCCAUAUAACAAGCCACUGUCUGAAUCCCUUCUCAAACAGAUCAAGGAUAGAAUCAAGUUGGAGUGGUUAAUGGACAUGACCCUACGUGACCUCCUACUGUAUUUUGUGUACCUGGGGGUCUUGCUGGUGGUGGUGCACGGGCACCGAGAAGUACGCACCGCCUAUCUCAACACACUGGCCUUGGAGGACGUCCUCGUUAACCCAGGCUGCGUCAAUACCAACCUGUGCUUCUUCUUGGAAAAGGUAAAUAAGGUUGAGACAUUUUACCAGUACCUGCAUGAGGUGGCCAUCCCCAGCCUGGCAGACAUGUCCGAGGCUGACCACGAGUUUGCUACACCUGGCUCCUCCCACUUCCUGCUCGGGCCAUGGAGGAUACGACAGACACGUGUCACUAAAGAUUCCUGCUAUAGUGGGGCAGAGAGGAUAGUAGAGAGGUUUGGUAUGCGAGUGGACUGCUCUGGUGAAUACUGGUUGGGCUUGGAGGAGACAGGGGAUUACAAUAGCUCCUGGGCCCACAGGCUUCCCAAGGGGUCGGGGGCAGGCACCUGGUGGGGUUAUCAGUCUGCCUGGCAGCUCAAGACCCUCCCUAUCACUGGCAGCCUAGCCACAUACUAUGGAGGUGGCUAUGUUAUCACGAUGCCUGCUGAUACAACCCUCCAUGCAGGUAUAGUGGAGGAGAUGUGGAAUUCUGACUGGCUGGAUGAGCAUACAAGAGCUGUGAUGAUAGAGUUCACUCUGUAUAACCCGAAUGCUGAUCUCUUCAGUCCCAUGGUCCUGCUGUUUGAGUUCUCCAGGUCCGGAGCUAUCCUGCCAUCACACCAGUUCUUCUCCACCAACCUUUUUCACUACUCCACAGACUUUGCCACGUUUGUAGCAGUGUGUGAAGUAAUGUUUCUGUGUUUCAAUAUCAGCUUUACCUACUUUGAAUGGAAGAAAUUGAAGGUACUUGGAAGGAAAGCAUAUUUCGAGGACUUUUGGAACUAUAUUGAACUAUUGCAAAUGGGGCUCUCAUAUUCUGUAGUUGGCUUGUUCUUCCAGCGCAUGUUGUCAGUCAGCUCAGCAUUGGAAGAGUAUGGAGCUAGUGGAGAGACCACGUACAUUAGCUUUACCACCGCAAUAUUCUGGAACAGUGUGCUCAACUAUGUGAUGGCAUUCCUAGUUGGUCUGGUCACCCUCAAGUCCAUCAAGCUUCUACAGUUCAACAAGAGAACUUUUAUGAUUUUUGAUACUCUCAAUCACACUAAAGGGAUGAUAGGGAGCUUCAUCAUGAUGGCUGUUCUGUUCACAGUGGCCUAUGCAAGCUUGGGUGUGCUGGCAUUUGGGACUGUACAGCAUGGCUACCGAGAGAUGUUUACCUCACUGAUGACAGUGUUCAACUUUGCCCUCGGUGUAUCUGACCUUCCUGGUCUACAGGGAACCAAUAGGAUCCUGGGACCAGCAUUCUUUGUCUCUUUCGUGUUUUUGGUACAGUUUUGCUUCAUGACAAUAUUUGUGGCCAUUUUGAACUUUGGCAUCAGUGAAUCUAAAGCUUUGUUUGAAAAGAGAAAGAAUAAGUUUGAACUAGUGGAAUAUGUGCUUUCAAAAAUUAAAACCAUUGCUGAUAGCAGCUAGAAUCUGAAUCUAAGGACUUUAUAUGUCAUAUUUGAUGUCUGUUUAAGUGUUAAAUGUUAUUGAUUAUUUUAUUCCAGCAAAAUCAAUUCCUUUGUACAUGUAACAUGCUUAACAUUAUUUGUUAUU